GAGGAAGGGAGGAGGAAGAGAUGCAGGGGGAAAAACAGGCCCACUUUCCUCCAAACUGUACAAAGCAGCGUCCCUAGUAGCAGGUAGAGAGAACAGGUAGCAGAAUAAAGAUGGCUGGUACAGCAAGGCACGAUCGGGAGAUGGCCAUCCAGGCCAAAAGAAAGCUUGCCAAAACCACAGAUCCAAUCGAGAGGCUCCGGCUCCAGUGUCUUACAAGGGGAUCUGCGGGCAUCAAAGGCCUUGCCAGGGUCUUUCAUAUCAUGGAUGAUGAUCGCAACAGGACUCUUGAUUUCAAAGAGUUCUUGAAAGGCCUCCAUGACUAUGCUGUGUUGAUCGAAAAAGAAGAAGCUGAAAAGAUUUUCAAAAUCUUUGAUAAAGAUGGAAGUGGAACAAUUGAUUUUGAUGAAUUUCUCCUGACAUUAAGACCUCCAAUGUCUAAUGCAAGGAAAGAAAUCAUUAUGCAAGCUUUUCGAAAGCUAGACAAGACUGGGGAUGGGAUUGUCACCAUUGAAGAUCUACGAGGAGUCUAUAAUCCAAAACAUCAUCCCAAGUACCAGAACGGAGAAUGGUCAGAAGAUCAAGUUUUUAGGACUUUUCUAGAUAACUUUGAUUCACCUUAUGAUAAAGAUGGGCAGGUUACAACAGACGAAUUCAUGAACUAUUAUGCAGGUGUCAGCGCUUCAAUAGACACCGACGUCUAUUUCAUUGUGAUGAUGAAAAAUGCUUGGAAAAUCUGAUUGCAUAAAAUGAGACUAUUCCUCUGUUCUGUUCUGUUGUUGUUGUUGUUGUUGCAAGCAUCCUCUUUGCCUGGCUUGCAGGAGAAUGUAAUUGCAUUCAUUGUAAUAACCAAUUGCAGAACUUACUGCAGUAAAAUUUAGUUAUCAUUA